AGUAUAACAAAUUUUUAUGGAUGUAACUGAUAAUUUAUUAUUUUCAUAGUCACAUAAAAAAUAAUGGCGAUGCCGCGCACCAUGGGUUCGUUCGUUAUUUUGCUAGAAGUAGAAUUAAAGCUUUUUAAAAGUGAUUGAAUUACCCUUCAUUCUCAAUUCUCAUGAAUUAACAACGGGUUCCAAUCGUACUUGAAGUAAGAAAUAUAAUCGCUUAUAGGAAUGAUGGCUCCGCAUUUUCUUCUUCCUUGGAUUUUGAAUGGCUUCGAGUUGGUUCAUUCAUCCGCUCGCAAAAUUUUGAUCGUUUGUUUACAGGUUCAUGCUAGGGUUUUGGUUUGGGAGAUAAUGAAGAUAAAAGAUUGUGGGGUUUUUUCAACUUUGGAGAUCCACAACGCCAAUACUUUGGUAUAUGGUACAAGAGAAUAUUACCAAGGACUAUUGUAUGGGUUGCCAACAGAGAUAAACCAGUACAAAACUCAACAUCAAUACUGAAACUCAAUCAUCAGGGAACUCUUGUUAUUCUUGAUGGCUCUAAAGUCAUAAUCUGGUCCUCCAAUUCAUCAAGAAUCGCGGCGAAAUCGGUUGUUGUGAAGUUGUUGGAUUUGGGAAACCUUGUUGUGAAAUAUGCAAACAGCAGCACUGAGAAUGAGAAGGUCUUGUGGGAAAGUUUUGAUUAUCCUGGUAACACUUUCCUUGCUGGAAUGAAGCUGAAAAGUAAUUUAGUUGCAGGUCCAUAUAGAUAUCUCACGUCUUGGAGAAACCCUGAAGAUCCGGCUGAAGGUGAGUGUUCAUACAGGAUAGAUACACAUGGUUUUCCUCAACUGGUUACUGCAAAGGGAGCAAGAAUUCUGUAUAGAGGAGGGUCAUGGAAUGGAUUUCUUUUCACUGGUGUUUCUUGGCAAAGAAUGCGUAGAGUCUUGAAAUUCUCAGUAGUGUUCACUGGAGAAGAUUUCUCUUAUCAAUAUGAAACUUUGACUAGUUCAGUUAUUACUAGAAUGGUGCUAGAUCCAUACGGAAUUGCACAGCGUUUUCAGUGGUCCGAUAGGACACAAAAUUGGGAUGCUAUUGCUACUCGUCCUGCAGACCAGUGUGAUGAUUAUGCCUUGUGUGGUAUCAACUCUAACUGCAAUGUUAAUGACUUCCCAAUAUGUGAAUGCUUGGAUGGUUUCAUACCAAAAUUUCAAGAAAAAUGGGACUCAUCAGAUUGGUCUGGUGGGUGUCUCAGGAGAACAAAAUUGAAUUGUGUUAAUGGAGAUCGAUUUCUUAUGUACACAAACGUGAAGUUGCCUGACACGUCAGCAUCUUGGUUUGAUAAGAGGAUGAGCAUUGAGGAAUGUAAAACAGUGUGUUUGAAAAACUGUUCUUGCAUUGCAUAUGCAUAUUUAGAUGUCAGAUAUGGUGGGAGCAGCUGCCUGCUUUGGUUUGAUAACAUUGUGGAUAUGAGAAAACAUGCAGACCAAGGACAAGACAUUUACAUACGACUCGAAUCGUCAGAACUAGAUCAUAUAAAGAAUAAGAGGAACUUGAAUAUAAAGAAGCUUGCUGGAACUCUCGGAGGAGUUAUAGCAUUCAUCAUAGGACUUACAACUCUUUUAUUGGCCUCUUCAACAUUUAGGAAGAAGCUUGAAUUAUGGCUGAAGGAUCUAGGAGGAAUCUUGCCCCUGAAGAUAGUAUGACUCCAUCACCCACUGUUGAACCAUGGGAAAGGAUUAUGGAAGCUAUUCAAAUGCAAGCAACGGCUACCCAUAAUCUGGUACAACAAAUGACAAUGCAAAUAGAUGGCACUCCAAAUGCCAAUAGAGUGUUUUGUGAUUUUCUUAAGUUGCAGCCUCCAACAUUCCAGGGCAGCCACAAUCCUUCAGAGGCCCAUGCUUGACUGGAUGAGAUUAAGAAGGCAUUUGAAGUAGUGCCUUAUACUGACGAACAAAAAGUGGCAUUUGCUGCCCAUCUACUAAAGGGUGGGGCAGAGUAUUGGUGGAGAAGUGCAAAGACUUAUCUUCAGACUCAAGGAACCCAUAUGAAUUGGGAACAAUUUGAGGUGGCCUUUUUAGACAAGUAUUAUCCAAAAAGUGCCAGGAGACAAAAAGAGUUGGAGUUUGUGCACCUGCAACAAGGAGACAUGUCUAUUGCAGAGUAUGUUGCUAAGUUUGAAGAAUUGGCUAGGUUUUCUCCACAUGCCCAAUAUGCACCCACAGAAGAAUGGAAGAUAAACCAGUUUGAAUGGGGAUUGAGGCCUGAAAUUAGAGGGAACAUAGGCCAUAUGGAACUUACUAACUAUUCUACUCUUGUACACAAGAGCUACAUUGUUGAAGACAAUUUAAAGAAAGUACAAGAGGAGAGACAAGUUAAGUGGCAACAAAAGAAAGAGUCUGAAAAAUUUGGCCAGCAAUUGAAGGUAAAGACUCCCCAAGGGAAGGGAAAACAAGUACAAACCUCCAGUUCUCCAAGAACAAAGAAGUGUCUUAAGUGUGGCAGAGAUCAUGGGGGGGAGUGCUUGGUUGGAAAGCAAGUCUGCUACUACUGCAAACAGCCUGGUCAUAUGGCUCCUUUUUGUCCAAUACGCCAAAAACAAGCAGAGUUCAACCCAAACAAGUCUAACACUGGAAGGGUCUUUGCUCUUAGUGCAAAGAAAGCAGCUGGAGGAACAUGAGACAUGAAAUCAACAUCAGAAGAUCAGUUCCAAACUCGUGGAAUUAGAAUUUAAUAUUUUGUUUUAUAAUGUAAUCAGUCAAUCGUAGUUGUUUUCAAGAUGUAAUAUUUUAUGAAUCUACUAAACAAGUUGUAAACUAUAUUUAUGAAUGUAGUUUUCAGUUA